AGAAUGUAUUCAUACCAACGUUACUUGCCUAUAUUAAUUAUUUCUAUGACUACAAUGACAUAUAUCCUAACCCAAGAGUUUUAUGUACAGAACGUACAAGAGGACUGUUUUGCGGAGUGCAACGGAAGUGCUUGCGUGGCUAAUUGUACUGGGAAUAAUACUCGUGCUAAAGCGUCAGGUUUCGAAUCUGUAGCAUGGUCAUCUAAUCCAGGGUCCGUUUCGCAGUGUUUUGGAAUAUUUUGCAAGUCCGGGUGCGACGGUGUCGGAACAGCUUGCACUUCAUCGUGCUUUGGACAAAUAUGCAGAAAUGCUUGUUUUGGUGUAAAAUGCGUAUCAAAUUGCACGGGAGAAGGCUGUGAAACAGUAUGUCGUGGACGAGAAUGCACCUCAACGUGUCAUUCGGACAAUUGUAUUGCAUAUUGUAAAGGUCCGAAUUGUACUGCAACAUGCCUUGGACACAAAUGUUCUUCUUUUAGAGACAUAUCGAGAGACCCAGGAGAUGUUACGAUAGCUCCAAGUGAAUCAGAAAAUCGACAGGAGGCCAUAUUGAUCCAUUAAAUAUUCUAUUUAAAUUUAACACGUUCAUUGC